CCGACCUCGCUUCUCCUCAGCGGCACACCGCACGCGCCACCCGCCUGAGCACAGGGUGGCCGCCGCGGGGGCCAGGAAAGCCGUCUGCUUUUGGAAGCUUCUGAGGAGAGCGGCAGGGAGCUGGUGUUUGGGCACUUAUGUCCGUGGCGAUGUUGGUGACUGAGUGUUGAGGAAGACUCUAGCUGAGAAACAUGGAAGUCUUGGUAUUAGAGAUUGAAGAUCCAGGUUGCUUUUGGGUUACUAUGAAAGGAUGUGGGCCUUACGUAGUCGAUGAAAUAGAAUAUAAAAACCUGAAUGCUGAAAUGAACCAGUUCUAUGAGAAAUCUUAUAAAGAUGUGGAUGAAGUAAAACCACUAACAGUAAAAGAAGGCCAGAUUUGUGUGGUUUUCAGUGAUGAACUCAAAUGCUGGUGUAGAGCGGUUAUUAAGUCAAUCAUGUACUGUACAGACCAUUAUCAGACAGAAUGUUUUCUUGUGGAUUAUGCGAAAUACAUUUUUGUUAAAUCAAAGGACAUUCGUGUUGCACUGGAAGCAUUUAUGCAGAUCCCAUAUAGAGCAAAGAAGUGUAGACUGUAUCGCACAAAGCCAGUGACAUUGCGUAUUGACUUCUGUGAAGAUGCUGCAAAAAUAGUACCAGCCAAAAGAUGGGAUAGUGCUGCAACUCAGUAUUUUCAAAACCUUCUCAAAGGAACUACCCAAAUGAAAGUCAAGUUAUGUGCUGUAGAAGAUAACACAUUUGAUGUAUUUCUUUAUGUGACAAUAAAAGAUGAGAAGGUAUGUGUUAAUGAUGAUCUUGUCUCAAAGAACUUUGCUUGUUUUGAGGAAGCUAAAGAGAAUGUAGGGAGUUCUGCAGAUGAUCAGGAGAACCAAACAUCACUAAAUGUUGAGUGUCUUCCAGUGAAAAUGGUUAAUCCUGCACUUGCUUUCAGGCCAGUGCUAUUUCAGAAGAAGGCAUCAACAAGUCUUGAAACAGAUCUUGCUGUUUCUAGUUCCUUUUUUGAGGAGGCUUACCAAAGGUCAAGUACAGAUCUAAAUGAAAAUACUGCAUCUAUUGUUAAAGCAAUUCCAGGUUUGCCUUUCAAGGAAAAUACAGCAGUUCAUGCAGACAGGCUUCAGCAGUUCUUAAAAUCUGAUCCUCUAAAGAUUCACAUAAUUGAAGAUGACCAACAGUUUCAGAGUGUUCAAAGUUCUAGUGAAGAAAAAAACUUUGUCUUUCUUAGCAACAAAGUUGAGCCAUCGUCAGUUCUGGAAACAGCACCACUUUUUGAUGGUCUGAAAAAGGAACUUACUCGGAAAAAAUUUUUAGGCCCUAACUUCACAGAAUCUUACUGUUGGCCGCCAGUAGCUCGAGGAUGUGAUGUAGUUGCCAUCUCGUAUGAGGGAAAUGAUCCUUUUUUAUACAUUCCACCAGUUCUUACAUUUUUGCAGUCUGGAAGUUGCUACCAAGCCUUGCCAAACAGGAAUGGACCACUAGCACUUAUUUUAUGUCCUGGGUGGAAGAAGGCACAACUUGUUUUUGAGCUACUGAAAACAUACGAGAGAUGCUCCAGACAGCUUCAUCCAAUGUUGAUAAUACUUGGGCAGAACGAAGAAGAAACUAGAAGUUUGAACAUCCAAGGAUGUGAAGUAAUCGUGACUACACCAUACAGUCUCCUGAGACUGCUCGAACAUCACAAUUUAUUAUUUUGUAGACUUUGCCAUCUUGUUCUUGAUGAGAUUGAGGUACUGUUAUCUGAUGCUACUGAACAGGUUUUUACUAUAUUAGAUUGUUAUAAGAAAGCCAUUAUUACUGAGAAGUGGGAGUAUUCACUACAUCAGAUUAUCGCUGUUGGAACUUGUUGGAAUAAAUAUAUAGCACGCUUGAUAAAGGAGUUUAUGAAUGAUCCUUACAUUGUGAUAACAGCUGUGGAAGAAGCUUCCAUCUAUGGAAAUGUGCAACAGGUUGUGCAACCUUGCACAAACAGUGACAGAAUUGGUAUGUUACUCAAAAUACUGGAUUUUACUGACAAUAAUCUUCAGAAGGUACUGGUAUUCACUAAUUCAGUAAAUGAAGCAGAAAUGGUUCAUAAGGCACUGAAGAGCAACUCCAUAUUUUCCUUGAAAAUACAUGAAGAGAGUGAGUUUGAUUUCAAGUAUAUCUUAAAUCAGUGGACAAAAAAAUACAGUUCUGGCACUCGUGUUGUGUUAGUUUUAACAGAUGACUGCAUGCAGUCUUUGGGAAUUACAGAUGCAACUUGCGUGAUACAUUACAGUCUUCCCGCUCCAAGAAUCUUUGGUCAACGUCUACGCAGCAUGUCUGACAACUUCUCUAAUGUGAUAGAGGAUUCUUCUGUAGAUCAGGAAUAUGCAAGGGCAAGAUCAGUCAUUCUGCUAACAGAAAACAGUGCAUGUCAUGCACCUGGGAUCCUGUGCUAUUUGCAGCAUGGAGGAGCUGAAAUUCCACCAGAACUGCAUGAUUUUACUGCCAAGGUGCUAGAAGCUGAAGAAGAUAAGAAAUUUUCAAGGCCACUGUGUGCCUGUCUUAAAGCAUUUGGAUUUUGCAAGAAUAGAACAGCGUGUCCAGAUCGUCAUCAAAUAAAUUUACAAAUAGAUGUGCCUCAGAAUAUACCAGAUAAAGUUACACAAACACCUGCCUGUGUGACAAUACUACCUCUCCACAUUGUAAGUGCAACAAACUACUUUGGUCGAAUAGUAGAUAAGCAAAAGGACCAAUAUACAACUCUUGCUGAAGAAAUUAAUGAGUAUUUUAAGAAACCUAGUAAUAAAACUUCUGUUAAAAGCGUGGAGAAGUUAGCGGUUUAUGGAUUAUGUGAGAAAACACUUUUCCACAGGGUUCAGGUGGUAGAGAUUUCCCCCAAAGAAGAAGAAAACUUGUUUUUCAUGGUCAAAAUUAAAUAUAUAGAUGAAGGCAGAACAAGUCAAGUUCAGAGCUAUCAGCUACUUCACUUACCUGCAAGGUUUCAGUGUCUGCCGCCUCAGGCUGUGGAAUUUGUAGUUUGUAGAGUGAAACCCAUUGAUAAUGAAAUUGAAUGGAACCCAAAGGUAACUCAUUAUAUUAAACACAAAAUUAAAGGAAAACUACAUGAAGCAAAAAUAGUACAUACCUUGGGAAAUACAGCUUGGGUUGACCCAAUGGUCCGGGUUACCAGGCUUUCAGAUUUGAAGGUGUCAGUCAAUGAAUACAAUGUUCGAUCUGAGAUUUUGUCUACGGGUCUGGGAACUGACAAUCCAGAACAUAUAACACAACUUCAGAAGUUGUACGGACACAUGAAACUACUAGAUCAUGCAAAGAACUUGGAGCCUUUAGGCAAAAUGGAGGAUACAGCUGGUCCAGAGAAUGUGUCCAAUCCACAGAAUACAUCAAUACAAGAACGUUCUCCUGAAAACUGUAAUUCUUCUAAAAUUACUUUGGGGAGUCACCCAUGUGAUGGUGUAGCUCAAACUAAGGAAGCAGAAGAGUCUACCCUGCAUCAGCAUAAAUGCUUUUAUCCAGAAAUAAAGUGGUUUCAAAAUGAAGAGUCUGUUACAGUGAAGGUAAAAAUAGCAAGUGUAGCUGACGACAAAUGUGAGUUCUCUAAAGAGAAGGUGGUUUUCAGUGCUUCUUCAGGAGACAAAAUUUAUUUGGCUGACAUGGAGCUAUAUCAAUAUAUACUACCGGAAAAGUCUACAUGUGUGAUUAAGGAUAAAGAGGCUAUCAUUGUUCUCAUGAAAGAGAAAAAAGGAGCUUGGUGCAAAUUACUGAAGAACAAGAAUCCUCAUGUGUCUUUUGAUUUCGAACACUGGGAAGAUUUUGAAGAUAAAAGUCCUUUUCCAGUUGGUACUAAAAAACUGCAUUGCGCUGCUGCAGUAACUGAAGAAUUGGUUGACUCCUCAGAAGACGGUGGAACAGAAAGUGAUGAGUAAUUUGGAGAAUGAUCUUUUCCCCUGAUAGGAAUUAUGCUUCAAAAUAGUGUCUCUUGCAUGAGUACUUCCACUAAAAUUGAUUAAACGCAUAGGUUGCAGAACUGUCCUUAAUUUUAGGAGGAAAAUAGUGAACAGAAGACAUAUUCCGUACAAGAACAUUAUGUAGAUUUUCCAGUGCUUUCACUUUAAAAAUGUUGUCUUUGAUGUGCACAUAUGUAUGUGUACGGUUCAGAGAGUAAAAUUUGAAGAUUGAACUUGGGCUGUGAAGAAGUUGAAUUUACUAGUAAUUACAGAGCUUCUGGUUUACCUGAGUGAAUUUGCUGUGUUAGCAACAGUAAUUUUUUGAAGUUUCAUAAAUCCUGAUCACCUGUCAGUUGUUCUACCAUAUCCCUCUUUCCUACAGUCUCGGUUUGUUGGCAGUCAUCACAUUUGUCAGUUCCGCAUCAAGAAAUGAUGCCUCAGCUCCAGUGGUGGUUUUUUGUUACUUAACUGGAAAUACUUUGAUUGGUAUGUGAUGUUGGACAGUGCGGCUCAGUGUAGAACUAACUGCUGUAACAGCUAUUGUGGAACAAGCACUGGGGUAGUAGAUUCAGUAUUUGUUUUCAGUUUGACGUUUUCGCUUUUCACGAAUGCUUUUAUUUCAUUCCCUCUCACUUACCUAAAACUCUUUUCUCCUUUACAAAUGAACAAUAAAAUCUUGUCUUUUUAGCCCUAAGGCUUUGCCUUUUAAUAUACCAUCUUUCAGUAAACAAAUAAUAAAUAUUUAAUAGACAAGCUGUUAGACUUGGGCACAUCCAGAACCUCUUGCAGUGAAGUAGUAAUGUAAAGGAUACUUACAAUAAAUUAAUCUGGUAUCAAUCUCUUUAUAUAUGUAGAGUUUAAAGCCCAUUAGUUUCCCCAACAUAACUAUAUGGUGAUUUAGAACAGAGAAACUUUACAGAUUCACUUUAAGAAGCCUAAAUUUUUGUUUUAUUCUUGACUAGGAGGAAUAUAGUUGCUUGUUGGGGAUUGUUCUUUCAAGAAACCUUGGGAUGCCUUUACUUCAAGAGUGGGAGAAGGAUUGUAUUAGUAUAUUUGCACUGACAGUUACAGAUUUUCUAGUACUAGCAUAAUGAAGCCGCUUCUUUCUGAAUAUCUAAGAAUAUUGCGGAUGCCAGGGGAA